GAGCUCCCAGCCUGAUGGGGAAGAUGAGAAAAGAGUGUGGAGGUUUGGACUCAUCCCUGAAGCUCCUGCCUACCAUCUACGAACUCAGGCUUUAAAUGUACUACUAACCCCCUGGAUGGUGUCUCCAACCUACUGCCCCCCAACACACACACACUCUGGGAGAACCCAGACCCCACAGAGAGCCCCAACUCCCACCCACGCGAUCCCUGAGAUCCAGAAAUGCCAGUAAAACAGGCCCAGGCAGGAGGAGACUCUGACAAGGCUCACCUGAAGAAAGGGGUGCUCGGAGGGAAAAUUGGGUGCGAGUGAGGCAUGCUGGAGAGGAGCAGAGGAGGGCGUGGGGAGAGGUGCUGCAGGCGGUAGCCCUUGAGAGUGCAUCUCUCUGGGCCGGACUUGGAACGCUCCCUGAGAAAGGCUGAGAACCUUCUGAUACUAGAAACUGGGUGAGAGCAGGGACUGCACCUCCUGAAAGCUGCUCAGAGCCAGGAGCAAGGCAGGGCCUGCUGCUGUGUCUGGGGGCAGGGAGCUGGGGAGCCCGGCAAAUUCACUGGACUCCCUUGUUCUUUUUCAGUCCAGACUCUAGAUUCUUUGGACUGGCAAUCCUCCUCUGAUCCCCUUCCUGUCCCUCAACAGCUUCCCUCAGGCCUGACAGCCUGGAAAAAUCUACACCUGUCUCCAAAGGCUCCUGUUAGAAACGUUUUUCUAAAGGGCCCACCACAAAGCCCCCACUCACCCCUCCCUGCCAGAGAGGCAGCCUGAACAGUAGAGGCACUUGGACAAUAGUGGCAAGAAGGCUGGUCUUAGGCGUCCGGUUCUAGUCCCAGACCCGCUCUCCUACCAGUACUGAUCUUGUCUGAGUCAUUUCCUUUCUCUGGCCCUCAGUUCCCCAAUAUGUAAAAUGAAGGUAACUCCUCUCUGCUGCUGCUGCCUUAAGGAUCCCCGAGGAGACCUCAGCAUGUCCGCCAGGCCCUGCCCCACCGCUAGGCCACGCUCCAUGGCCCAUGGCCCCUCCAGCUUUGUGCUUGCUCUUUUAAUUCCUCAAAUCUGUCCAGCUCUUUCACUAUCCUUCAGGGAUCUUCAUGUAAACAUUUUCUCUGCCUUGGGUGUUUCCCUAUCUCUUCUCCUAGUCAAUCCCAAUUAACUCAGAUUAAAUAUCACUUCCUUUUGGAAGCCUUAGGCUGGGCGCCCUUCUAUUUCUUCACACUAUCACAGCUCUAAUGUACCGCUAUUACCAGAACGUGUGCACUCACAGCUACUCCUUCGUGUGGUGGGACUGGGCCCGCUGGGAACAGGAGAUUGACUGGAUGGCACUGAAUGGCAUCAACUUGGCGCUGGCCUGGAGCGGCCAGGAGGCCAUCUGGCGGCGGGUGUACCUGGCCCUGGGCCUGACCCCGUCGGAGAUCGACGAGUACUUCGCCGGUCCCGCCUUCCUGGCCUGGGAGCGCAUGGGCAACCUGCACACCUGGGGCGGCCCCCUGCCCCGCUCCUGGCACCUCAAGCAGCUUUACCUGCAGCACCGGAUCCUGGACCGGAUGCGCUCCUUCGGCAUGACUCCCGUGCUGCCGGCAUUUGCGGGGCACGUCCCCAAGGCUGUCACCAGGGUGUUCCCUCAGGUCAACGUCACCCAGAUGGGCAGCUGGGGACACUUUAACUGCUCCUACUCCUGCUCCUUCCUCCUGGCUCCUGAGGACCCCCUGUUCCCCGUGGUGGGGAGCCUCUUCCUGCGGGAGCUGACCCGAGAGUUCGGCACAGACCACAUCUACGGGGCCGACACGUUCAAUGAGAUGCAGCCCCCGUCCUCGGAGCCCUCCUACCUCGCCGCAGCCACUGCCGCUGUCUACCAGGCCAUGGUUGCAGUGGACCCUGACGCCGUGUGGCUCCUCCAAGGCUGGCUCUUCCAACACCAGCCGGAGUUCUGGGGCCCGGCCCAGGUGGAGGCCGUGCUCCGGGCGGUGCCCCGGGGCCGCCUCCUGGUCCUGGACCUGUUCGCCGAGAGCCAGCCCGUGUACGUGCGCACGGCCUCCUUCCAGGGCCAGCCCUUCAUCUGGUGCAUGCUGCACAACUUCGGGGGCAACCACGGCCUGUUCGGGGCCCUGGAGGCCGUGAACCGGGGCCCCGCCGCCGCCCGCCUCUUCCCCAACUCCACCAUGGUGGGCACGGGCAUGGCCCCCGAAGGCAUCGGCCAGAACGAAGUGGUCUACGCCCUCAUGGCCGAGCUGGGCUGGCGCAAGGGCCCAGUGGCAGAUCUGGGGGCCUGGGUGGCGGGCUUUGCCGCCCGGCGGUAUGGGGCCUCCCAUGAAGGCUCGGAGGCAGCAUGGAGGCUGCUCCUCAGGAGCGUCUACAACUGCUCCGGCGAGGCCUGCAGCGGCCACAAUCGCAGCCCCCUGGUCAGGCGGCCGUCCCUCCAGAUGGCAACCGCCGUCUGGUACAACCGGUCGGAUGUGUUUGAGGCGUGGCGGCUGCUGCUGACGGCCUCCCCCGCUCUGGCCGCCAGCCCGUCCUUCCGCUACGACCUGGCGGACCUCACUCGCCAGGCGGUCCAGGAGCUGGUCAGCUUGUACUACGAGGAGGUGAGGAGCGCCUACCUGAACAAGGAGCUGGUCCCCCUGCUGAGGGCGGCGGGCGUCCUGGCCUACGAGCUCCUGCCCUCCCUGGACAGCAUCCUGGCCAGCGACAGCCACUUCCUGCUGGGCCGCUGGCUGGAGCAGGCCCGGGCCGCCGCGGUCAGCGAGGCCGAGGCCCGUUUCUACGAACAGAACAGCCGCUACCAGCUCACCCUUUGGGGGCCCGAGGGCAACAUCCUGGACUACGCCAACAAGCAGCUGGCGGGGCUGGUGGCCGACUACUACACCCCCCGCUGGCGACUCUUCCUGGAGACGCUGGUGGACAGCCUGGUGCAAGGCACCCCCUUCCAGCAGCACCAGUUUGAGAAGCUCGCCCUCCAGCUGGAGCAGACCUUUGCCCUCAGCACACGGCGGUACCCCAGCCAGCCCCAGGGCGACACGGUGGACCUGGCCAAGAAGCUCUUCCUCAAAUAUUACCCUCGCUGGGUGGCCGGCUCCUUGUGACAGAUGAACCACUCCUGGGCUGUUCUCCCCAAACUCCAAGCCGGGCAGGUUCCUGGGGCCUGGGGCUGGGCAAGGUCACUGGAGGUCCCCCCCUCCACCCCUACCUCAGGCAAAGGGACUCAAGACCUGCCAGUCGAAUCGAGAUUAGGAGGUUCGAAGGGAAGUGAGCUGCCCUCCCCCGCCACCCCAAAUUUGGGACCGAAACACUGUUUUAAUACAACUUAAUAAACGGUGAAUCCCCUGG